AAACACAAAUUGUCUAUUGAUUAAUCCUAUCUGACGCUGUCAUGUCAACGAACUGAGGAACUGAUGAUCUUGGCGGUUUAAUAACUGUUUCUAUAAAAAACUUCAGAAAUGCCUCCAAAAAAACGUGACAAAGAUAACGAAACCAACAAAAACUCAAAAAUUGAUCAUUUACAAGCUGAUCAUGAACUAUUUCUACAAGCUUUCGAAAAGCCUACUCAAAUAUACAGAUUCUUACGGACUCGCAACAUGCUCUCGCCAAUAUUUCUUAACAGGACGUUAUCUUAUAUGAAACGAAGAAUGUCUAGAAGCAAUAAAAGUCGUAUCGGUUUCAAAGUAGACUCUUUACUAGACAAAAUAACUUUGAAGAAGAGCACUGAACUCCAGCCAAACAGUUUAGGAGGUUACAUGACUCUAACAUUUCUAGGUUUUUAUGACAAAAGUCUCGAUGAUCCUAGAGAUUACCAAGUUAAAGUCGAAACUUUGCUACUAAAAAUUUGUCAUAAAAAAAGAAAAGAAAGUUCUUCUGCAAUAGUUGAAGUUUCAGUUGGAAGUUGUUCGGUACCACUGAACCCAUCAACAUCGGAGCCACCCGCAAUGGCAUCAGCAGUGAGCAUCUCCAGUGAUACAUUCAGUCCAUCCCAAGGUCCUAAUGUGAAGUCCUAUAUGCUUAUGCUAAGAGUUACAGUCACAAGGACAUCAGGUUGCAGCACUACUAAUGGAGCUUCCAGCUCAAAUGAAAUAACUAAUGGAGACAGUGAUGAACCAGUAACAAAGAGGCUGAAAUCAUCUGAUCACUUAAACUCCACAUCAAGUGACAAUAAAUGGACGAAACUCUAUGGCAGUGAAUUGAUUGUCUAUGACAAACACAAUCGUUGUCUCCUCACAAAUGGAGAGUAUGACUUGGUGCUACAUGAUGCAACUCCCGGUGGUAGAAGUGCAACCAUAGCUAGAUCACCGCACAAAGCACUGAUGGCACAGUGGGAAACUAUACCUAGCGAAAAUGACUUGCAUGCUGAAACAAACCCAUUUGACAUAUUUAAAGUACGUCCACUCCUCAAACUGAAACUUAGCUGGAGUCAAGAGCCUACAAAUGGUUUAGUGAAUAGACCUAAAUUAUAUCAACAGAAUAGUGAUACCAAUGGGAUAAAAAAAGAUGCUAGCAGCAGUAAAGAUAAACAUUCUACACAGAAAGGCAGCAACAGUGAAAUAAAAAAUGGUGAAAAAUCUAAGGAGUCUACCGAAGGCGAAUCGAAACGUCAACAGAUAAUAUAUCAGUUCUUGUAUAAUAACAACUCGCGACAACAGACCGAGGCGUGCGACGACCUCCACUGUCCAUGGUGUUCACUAGACUGCGGUACACUCUACUCACUUCUGAAGCAUUUGAAACUGUGCCACUCCAGAUUUAACUUCACAUAUUUUCCGAUCCCCGGCGGGGCUCGUAUAGACGUGUCGAUCAACGAGUUGUACGACGGCUCGUACACUGGGUCCCCACACGAUCUGAUAGCGGGCGCAGGGCGGGGGCGGGGCGGGGCGCGGGGCCCGGCGCGCCGCACCACGCUCACGCACCUGCUGGCGUGGAGGCCCCGCGCUAGGCGCCGCGCGCCCCGGCACAGCCUCGCUGAGUUCCUGGAGCUAGACGACACGGAGCUUGUGGAGGCCCAGCGACCUUACCUCACCGGACACAACAGCCUCGCCGAGUUCCUGGAGCCAGAUGACACGGAGCUUGUGGAGGCCCAGCUACCUUACCUCAGCAGACACAACAGUUCUCGACACAGCCUCGCCGAGUUCCUGGAGCUAGAUGAUACUAAGCUUCUGGAGGCCCAGCGACCUUACCUCACCGGAUACUACAGGUUAUAUCACCACACCAUUACCUGCCUACCUGUAUAUCCCAACGAACUAGACAUAGACUCGGAAAGCGAGACAGACCCACUGUGGUUGCAGCAGAAGACUAUGAUGAUGAUAGAUGAGUUCACAGACGUGAACGAAGGCGAAAAGGAGCUCAUGAAGAUGUGGAACCUCCACGUUAUGAAAUAUAACUACGUGGGCGACUGCCAGAUACCGCUCGCCUGUCAGAUGUUCCUCCAAAUGAAGGGUAAAGAGCUCCUAGAGAAGAAUCUCUACAGGAACUUUGUACUGCACAUGUGUUCAUUGCACGACUUUGGCCUUCUCAGUCCAGUCGCGCUGUACCAAACUAUACAAAUGCUCAACCAAAUGUUGGCAGACAACGCCGAAGCCAAAGAAAAGAUGAGGGAAUCUUUAAAAUCCCAACGGGAACACUGGCAUGCCGUUGGUAAGUUUCAUCAACCAGUUGUUAUCGACCAAAAACCGUUAGCCACCACUGCCAAGUUGAACAACGUCGAAGCAUCACCUUCGGUCAGACGGAAAACUUCCAAUCUUCAAAACGCUAACAGGAUGGCCAGUGCCAGUGCCAACUUCAAUAAAUCAGCGAGCCCUGGACCCAGUCAUGUGGAGAGCAAACGGAAAAUGUCUUCGGGCAGUAUACACAGCCGCAAACGGUCCUCCAUUUCGGAACGAAAGAGUUCCGUAUAGCGAAUAUUCAGUAUCUAAUUGGACUGUUAUCGUAUUGAAGUACAACACUGUAGCACAUAUUUUACUGUACUGGAAGGACUGACGUUUCGAUCGCAUGCCAUCAAUUGCCAGGUAAAUGGUUGUAAAAUAAAAAUGGUUCAAAUUUAAAAAAUAAUGUUCUGUUAAAUUUUAAUGGUGCAUUGAAUCCUAUGAAUGAUUUAAUCGCCAGUUGAAAUGAUUUUGCAUGUUAUUUAUAUUUUUUGGCUGCAUAUCAACUGGAGCAAUUUUAUAAAUGGAAUUCUGUGUAGCAGUAUAAGUAAUAUAUUGUCCAUUAGAUGGAUGACAAUUAAGUUGCUAAGUUAUAAAUGGUGUUAAGAUCCGUUUCAUUGAUCUUAGAUCUCUGUGUGUAUGUAGUUUCUUAAUCAGUAUUCAGGGGCCGUACUCAGGUUCCUGCAUUCUGGGUCGGCAAAUUUUAGUGGCGGCAUUUAUUGUUUAGAAAGUGAUGAUUGAUGACUAAAUAAUUUUAAUUGGAAACAAAACCUUACACCUAUAGUAAUCAAAUGAGGUGUAUUAUUAGUACACAUUUAAAGGAUCAGAAAUUUGUCAUUAUAUCCAGUGCGACAUAAACCCUAGAGCGGUCCCUGAUCAGUUUCUUUUAGCAUAUGUUAAAUUCAAAUUUCUUAACUGUGAUUGUAUAAAUGAAUCAUUAGUUAGUAGUAGUUCGUGCAAAUAAAUACGAAUUGACGUAGUGUUAUAGCUGUGUAAUCGUGUUUGAUUGAAAUGAAUUCAUGUACAAUUAACAUUGUAACAACACUGCCAAUACUUAAGAAGUUCUUAAUUAGACGUGUCGAUAUUAUUAUAAUAGAACUGAUUAUACAGUAGAAAUAAUAGACCAAUUCACAUAACAUUAUUACUAAAUUUGAGAUUUCAUAGUUAUGCUACACUAACUUCAACCUUUUUUUUUUCAUUUAAAGA